AUGUCUUACAAUCACUCGCUACACGAUGCCGCAAGUCUCAAAACCAACCCAGAGACCGGGAAAUCCGGUUUCUACCUCGACCGCAAAGCAGUCAAAAUGCUCCACGAAAUCGAGCUGUUGAACCACAAUCUCUACCAUAUCAGACAUCAGCUAGACGUCAACGUACGCGAUCUCGAAAAAACUCAAUUCUACAGCACGAAAGCUAAACUCGGAUGGUUCGGAUCCCUUCGUCGUCGAUUAAACGAGCAAAUAGACUACCGGAAACGCCGCGAGCGCCAGAUUGACAAGACACGCACCGAUCUCCUAAUCAUCCAGAUUCUAUCGGAUAGGAAGGAGAUAGAAAAGAAAGAGACGAAGCUGGCGAAGCUUCAGACAGAUUUUGAAGCCAGGAUCCAGUGGAAGAGUGAGAAGGACGAGCAGGAUUAUCGGGAUUGGCUUGUUGAUGUGAAGAUACUGACAGAAGCGAAGAAUAGUUGGAAGGUGGAGCAGAAAAAGAGGGACAGAGAAAGGUGGGAAGUGAAGUGGCAGGAACUUUUAUCGAGCAAGGGAGCGAAGACAAAGGUUUCUAGGGGACAUCCUGAAUUGUGGGGUUCUUUGCUACUAUAA